CUCCCUUACACUUCCACAUGUGCUCAUAUACUGUAGAUACUGAAAGACACGCAUGCCAAAUACUUCCCGCUCCAGCAUGUUCACAAGACUACUUUCUCUCUGGGUGACUGGGGCUUUGCUGCUGCCCCUAAGCUGUGGCAGCGACGACGAUUAUGUGACACAGACAUCAAUUUAUGACUACGAUUAUGAGAACUCGACCAUGGACUACUAUACAUACAAUGUUGAACUUUACGAAGUUCUCGAUGAGAGUGGAAAUCCAAAAAAUAAGGACUCUGUGCAAGUGUUUAGACAUGAUCUGAUAUUAUCUGGACUGCUGGUCAUUCUAGUCUGCCAACAGACAUGACUUAGACAGUCCUAUGUGGACUAAAAAAGCUGCUGAUGAAGGCUCAGAACACCUGCUCACUGUCUACACAAGUUCAUUUUUCUGUGUAUUAUUCAAAUCAUCUUAUAACGAAUGUAUCCAUUACAUCUGACUUUAAAUAAGCACAGAGUUAGCAAAUAUUUGGUUAUAAGGUUGUACUAUAUCCAUGUCAUUGCCUAAAGCAAUGCUCUUUGAAAAAAAUAACGAUCAAAUAAAACUCUUGUUUAAGUAACUAGAACUGUGAUUGUUCAGAUUGUUCACUUUGAAUGAAUAGCUUAAAAGCAUUGUUGGAAAAAUGCAUCAGAAGCAGUAAUGUGAAAUUCUGUCAAUGUAAAUGUUUUACUCCUGACCUUUUUACAUCUGAGACAGUCAAACUACACACAAUCACAAAUAACAUUCAUCUAUUUGACUGUAAGAAAGAGAUCCUACCACUAAAGAGCUUACACAGACCAGUUGAUUUACCAUUACAAGAGGUUUAUAUAUGUCCCAAUAAUAAGUUUUUCAUUAAACAACCCAGCAUUUUUUAAGAGAGUAGCUUAGAGUAGCUGUGACACAAACCGGCUGGGUGCUCUAAACAGUUGUUAUGUAUGUGCAAUAAAAAAAUAAAAACCUGAAUCAAGAGGUUCUUCUGGAAACUGCUGCUUACGUUGUGCAAAUGGUCUGUGUGUAGGUGUAGGAUACAUUAUAUAAAAGGAAAGAAAGUCAUAUUUGACCUGUGUUUCUCUCUCCUUUAUCUUAAAUGUGCGCUUUCACUGUGCGUGCGUGUCUGCGUGAGUGUGUCUGCGCAUCGGUGUCUAUGUGUGUUCGUAUGUGCGAUGAGUUUGUGUGUCUUCUGUGUUUUCAACCUUUUCUUGUUUUUACAAAUAUUUCACUAUAAUCGAUUUGCUUAAAGUCAAUAUGUCUAGUCAAUAUGUACAGCUGCAAUGAAAAUGAUAAAAUGCGCUUUAUAAAUAAAGUUGAGUUGAGAACGGAAGAAAAAAGAAUGGAUAAAAAAAGGAAAGAAGAUCAAAGAGAACAGGAAGCACACUGCGCGUAAUGCGUUAUUCCCAUUGAUUGACGCACUGUCAAUAAUAAUCUCCAUUGGCCCUUGAGCUCACUGAUGCCCCCUGUGGCGCCUGAGCGCAUCUCGUUUGAAAUCCAUUUACAGGAGAAAUAGAGCAGAUGCGUGAUCUCAUCCCACAUUCGCAACAUCCCUCGUGACAACAGUACAGUGACGACAAUCUGCCAACACCAUACCCGCACAUCUGAGCACUUCUAUUUGACAGAUUUUGGAUAAGAGAAGAUUUUCUUCGUGUAAGUGACGCGGAGAAAUAACGUAAGAUGCUGAAAUGAUCGCGUGCCCAUCUGAAGAAUCCGGCAGAUGCGGAGAUCACAGACACUGAACUGUGAUGUUUUCUUUCUUCCGAGCUCGGUUAUCAUCACUUUAAAAUGCCGAGGCUGCAGUAUUUAAACAGCACAAGCGUGCCAAACCACAAUUAUGAAUGGAGCUACGAAUACUACGACGACGAAGAGCCCGUGUCUUUCGAGGGACUUAAAGCGCAUCGAUAUUCCAUUGUGAUCGGCUUCUGGGUGGGUCUCGCAGUAUUUGUCAUUUUCAUGUUUUUUGUUCUCACCCUCCUCACCAAAACAGGAGCUCCACAUCCAGAAACUGCAGAGUCUUACGAAAAAUGCAUGCGUCUCACCAGCUGUGCAGACGUCUUGAGUCGCCAACGUGAGGCAGACACCCAUGCAGGUCUCUCUCGCCCUUUACUGGAUGAAUCUCGGUCUCUGUUUCACUGCUAUAUUAAUGAAGAGGAACGAGAAGGGGGACGGGCCUUGAGCGAUGCUGGUGUGGCCGCUCACGGACGUGCAUGCAGCGGCGACUCCAGAGGACAGGUGCAGCCGGUUGGUCUUGUGGUCCAGAAUAUGAUUACGGAGACCAGGGAAGAAAGAGAGGCUGCUCUUUUGGCUCAUUUCAACAUUCCUAACUUUGUGAAUUCCGAACUCAGCUCUGCACUGGGGGAUGAAGAUUUACUGCUGGGCGAUCCACCAAUCAUAAUGGAAGAGGCUCGUCCUCGCUGUACCCAUCAUUUUAUUGACUAAAUCAACUCUGGACUCUCUGUGGAUGGUCAAGAGAUGCCUCGAUUCACUUAUGGUUUCAUCUUUGUCUUAAAUGCAGCUCUACGGUAAAUGUGGAGAUUGAUGGUGUUUUGCUUCGAGAGUUCCAUGCUGAGCUGUGGCAAGAAUACCGGGAGUUGGGCUGGUUUCUCAUAUUUAAGGUAGUGAAUGUCAGAGUGGCAUGAUGUGGGUUAGGCUGUGUCAGGAGGAAAGAUCAAAAACAUGGGUCAGAAAGCAUGUUCUUGAGAGAUAUGGUGAGACACAGAGACAUGAUGACCGUGUUUGGUCAGACAUAUGUCGCGAGCAUAUUCAGGGUAAAAAAAUGAAAUCAUACUGUUGCGUUUCCUCAAACUGAAUGUAACGCUGUAAUGCCUUAUUCAUUCAUACACUUAAAGGGAUAGUUCACAUUCAAAACGAAAAUUAUUUCAUCAUUUUCUCACCCUUUGGUCAUUUCAAACAUGUGUGAUUUUCUUUCUUCUGCAAAACGCAAAAUAAUUUAUUUCGAAAGAUGUUGGUAAACAGAAACCGUUGGUCCCCAUUGACUUCUAUUGUAUGCAAGUCAAGUCAACGGGGAGCACAACAUUUCUCCAAAUAUCUUCUUUCGUGUUCUGCAGCAGAACAUGUUUGAGGGUGUGUAAAUAAUGACAUGAGUCGUCCUAAUGUAGCCUAAUAGCACAAUUGCAGCAAUUUGGUUUCGCACAAUAUGAUUCUCUCUGGCUUUUGUUUUAAGCAAAUGUGCAAGUAAAAAUAGCUUAAAACGGUCUGUUGGCUGAAAAUUUGUCUUUGUACUGAAUAUCUGCAGUGUACGAGCAUACUAAAUCUCUGUGAAUGUCUGAUAAUGCUGGUAAACAACUCGAUUGUUUCUCUUCUGUUUUAUUGAACAUCUGUAUGCCAAUAAAAGUUGGUUCACACCGGC